AUGAUAUUAAUUCAAGAAACUAAGCUUAAAGAGGUGACGAAUUUGACGGUAAAAAGUUUUUGGGGAUCAGAGGAUGUUGGCUUUUCUUUUUUAAAGGCGGAAGGUCUAUCGGGUGGUCUUUUAUCUAUUUGGAAGAAUCAAAGUGUAUCGGUGAUUUCUUCUUUUGCUGGGAUUGGUUAUCUUGGGAAUAAAGUCUCGUGGAAUGGAGGUAUUUUUUAUAUUGUUAAUGUUUAUUCGGCUUGUUCUAUUAGUGAUAAACGUGUUCUUUGGUCUCAAUUGUUGCUUCUAAAACAAAAAUUUGUUGAUGGGGAAUGGAUCAUUGGAGGCGAUUUUAAUGCGGUUAAAAAAAGAAGCGAGCGGUUUGGUCAUGGUGAAGGUAGGAGUAAUGUUGAGUGGAGGGAAUUUAACGAGUUUAUUGAAGAGAGUGGGUUGGUGGAUGUUCCGUGUAGAGGAAAGAAAUUUAGUUGGUUUAGUGGAGAUGGUAAGUCUAAAAGUAGAAUCGAUAGAUUUCUUGUGUCGGAUUCUAUUGUGUCUUCGUGGGGUGUUGUGGGGCAAUUGAUUGGUUCUAGGGAUAUAUCGGACCAUUGUCCGGUGUGGUUGAUUUCGGAGAAGGAGGAUUGGGGCCCUAAACCUUUAAAAUUCAACAACGAGUGGUUCACCGAUAAGAACUUCAUCUUGUUCGUUGAGAAGGAAUGGAGGGGGUUGGAUGUGCAAGGUAGAGGUGACUUUGUUUUGAAAGAGAAGUUACGCCUUUUAAAAGAUCGUUUAAGAUGGUGGAACAUGAAUGUCUUUGGCAAGUUCGAUUUAGAAGUGGAGGAAGGUGUUAGGGAUCUCAAUGCUUUGGAUGAUUUGGAGCUUUUGAAUGCGGGGGAGAUAGUGAAGAAAAAGAAGGCGUCAAAGCGAAUAUGGAUGAAUCUCAAGAUAAAGGAGAAUAUGCUUAUCCAAAAGUCUAGAAUAAAGUGGUAG